AAAACUGACAGUCGUUAUGGCAGUUUUCGACGGAGGGGACAGAUCUAAAAUUAUAAUAGACGAUACUCAGAGCUUAAAUUGUAUCAUAGAAGCCGCUGAAAAUGUGCAAGGACAUACUGUUUAUGUUAUGAAAGUUCAUCGAGGCCAUAGCUCAGAAAAUUCAUGGCAAAUUACUCGAAGAUAUAGUGAUUUCGAUACUUUAAAUAACUUGCUAUUAUGUUCCGGAAUAGACUUGCCGCUACCUCCAAAAAAAGUUUUUGGAAAAUUAGAAAGAGAGUUUGUUGCUGAAAGGCAACAAGGACUUCAGGGUUACAUAAACUUUUUACUAUCCCAUCCUAUGUUAGCUGCAACCAUACAUGUAAAGAAAUUCUUGGAUCCUACUAGUUAUUCUUUUAAUUUUGUUGAAAUUUCUCUGCAACAUGUUUCUAUGGUCUUCCGUUCUGAGCCACAGUGGGAGGUUGUUGAACCUCUGCUUGAUAUUGGAUGGCGUUUGCGGAAGCAGUAUUUUAGCAUUAAGUCAAAGAAUCAGCCAAAGAAAAGAUUUGUCCUCUCUUGGAUGGCAAUAGGACCUGAUAUGCAUUUGAAUGAAAAAGAUUUAAUAUCAGCUGUCAAACUUCUUGGGAAUGUGCAACAUCCAUACAUACAUCCAGUCACUAUGUGCUCUGUCAGUUCAAAUGGUUGUCUAGUCAUUUAUGAAUAUUUAGAAAAUGGCUCCUUAAGAGAUUUACUUUGCAAGACAAAACCUGGUGCCCAUUUUCUGAAGAAAUACUGCAAUCCAAAAAACUACAGUGUGCUUGAACUUUCGAAAAUAAAAACGUUUGGUAGUCACAUUUUAUUGGCCCUGAAAUUUCUUCAUGAUCGAGGGUUUUACCAUGGUAGUAUACAUGCAGGAAAUGUUGCCAUUGUUGAUGGAAAAUGCAAACUUUUGGAUGUGUUUAAUGGCACUCUAGGAGUCAACUGUUUUUUAAGACCAUAUUAUUUACAAAUAAAAAAAGUUCAGUCUAUGGAAAAUGUCGAUAUAUAUUGCUUUGGACAUUUAUUAUAUGAAAUGGCUUUUGGGGUGCCAUUGUAUUCCAGCUACUGUGAUCAUCUUCCAAAUAGUUGUCCUCCAGAGUUACGGUCUAUAUUAGAACUAAUUUUAUCAAAAGCAGCUCUAAAAAUUGGUGUUCCUUCAAUAUCAGAUGUUCUUCAGCAUCCAUUCUUUGCAAAUUCAUCAAAUGAUAUUGAAAAAAUCCAUUUUAAAGUUUCUUCACAGUUGAAAGAAAAUUUGAAGCAAGCAAGACAUUUAGCAGAGCAACGAUUAAAAUCUGAACAGAAAUCUAUUAGACAUAGUAAAAGGUUGUCAAAAGUUCAAGCACAAUUGUCGUCCGAAGAUGAAAGGAAGAAAAGAUCUCAUGAAAGGAGAAAAAAAAAUAAUUCAGAUAUUGCUACCUCCACAUCCAGCGAAAGAUCACAGACAUCAACUCCUACAGAUACAGUGACUGAUAAUCCCUCAUCACCUUCUAUUGUGUUGAAUUCUGACUCCACAGAUGCAUCAAAUAAAAUGAGCCAACAGAAUCUGCAGGCUCCUGUUCCACCACCACCACCUCCUCUUCCACAAGCACCCCUUAUGUCACCACCGCCCCCUCCUCCUCCACCUCCUGCAUCAAGUAAUGGUACUAAUUCAAGCGGUAGAGCUGCUCUUCUAAAUUCUAUCCAGGGCUUCAAUAAAACCAUUUUGAAAAAAGCCGAAACCAAGGACUGUAGCGUUCCAAAGAUAUAGCUAAGGCAGUAAUAGCAGUGCUGUAGUUGUGCGGGGAGGGAGGGGGUAAUGCCAGUCACCAAAAUAUCUGAUUUUUAAUUGAAAAAAUAAUGCAAACGAGUUUUAAAUCAACCUUCUUUUGGUAAGUUCCCCCAAUUUUUUUUUCUCCCGAAUUGCAGCACCGACUAACAGUACAGACUUUUAUUCUAUAUGUUUUCUGAAUUGUUCCUUCAACCGUUUAUCACUCAAAAAUACAGUUGAACCUUGAUUAACUGACAUUGUAAAACUCUAUCCGUCAUGUUAUUUGUUAUUGUUUUUCGUAGUAGUUUUUUACCCUCUCUGCUACAUGUGGGAAAAAUUAAAAAAAAAAAAAAAAAAACUGGUUUGUAUUACCGACUUAAAAAUAAAUAAAUUUACUGUGUUUUAACUAUUAUUGAACUAUUAAUCUUCCUAAGCAGGGUUGCCACACCACAGGGAAACUUGAAGAGACAGAAAAAAUACAGGGAAUUCAAAAAUGGAAAACAAAAAAAAACGGGGAAUUCGGAAGUGCAGGAAAGUAUCAGGAUAUUAAUGUUCUGUUCCAAAUAUCAAUGUUCGCUUGUUUGUAGUACUGCAUAUUCAUACAGGGAAAACACAGGGAUUCUUCCCCCCAGAAUUGAGGUGCAACCCUGCUUUGUGAAACCAGGUAUAAUUCCAUCACUGCUUUUGUAUUCCCAAAGUUCCACUUGUCUCACAAACUAAACAUUUUUAUAAUUGAUUUGAUUACAGUUUAAAUUUUUUUUCCAUUUGUGUAGAAACAUUCUCGUGAGCAGUAUAAUAGUCUUAUUACACAGUGCAACUUUCUCCGCCCUCUCACAUAUCUACCACAAGUAUUGGUUGAUGUCACUGAGUAUACAUAGGUAUAGUUGAGGUCAUUGGCGUCAUGCAAUCUGGUGAAGUCUCAUUGGAUAAAACUUGCAACUAGGUGCAACCAUUUCAUGCAAUUGUUGGCAACACUGAGCAAUUUUUCCCCAUAGAAAUACAUUGAGCUGUAGGAAAAAGUUGCAGAUGGUUGCACAGUGUAAUAAGACCAUAAAUCAGAGUAAAAGCUACUGUAGUAAUUAUGUUUGGUGAAACUGCCGCUUAGCUAAAAAAUUGAUGUACAUUUAAUUUUUCCAAAAUUUCAAUUUGCUUGUGAUGCUUUGUCAGUUGGGUAAUCAAAGUUCAUCUGUAAUAAUUUAUUAUUGAAUAAUUGCUUUUGGUGGUUCUAUUUAUACCAACUUCAUCAUGUCAUUAAAAAAAAAGUUUUUAAAAGACUUAAUUUUGAUUCUAGUCAUAUAGUUUUAUAAAUGGAUGGUGAUUUUAGAUUGUUAAAGAAUGCUAGUAGUUUGUUAUUCUUAUUUUAAAUUCUUCAAAAUGAAGUCAUCAUUUUGUUCGGUUUAACCUGAUUUUAAGAUGACAUAUCUAACAAAUUUAUUGCUUCUCAAAAAUUUCCUUGCAGAUCUUUUUAUGAAAACAAUCCAUCCGUUUUGUAUCAGGUUAAUUCAUUCAAAAUAAUAAUUAACUUCAGAUUUACGAAAUUAAAACUGAUUUCUUAUCUAUUAAAUUUUUUUUUAAGUUUAAUUCUUUGAAUUUCAAUUUCAUUGCUUUAUUGUAUAUUUAUGUUGAAUAUUAUUGAGCACAAUCUAAGUUUGGAUUAGGAUCUGCUUUUAAAAAAGGAUUAAAAGCCAGUACUCGUUUUUUUUUCUUUGGUUGAAUGCAUGAAGGAACUCUGUAUGUGUUCAGUUUUAUCUGCAUAAAAGAUGUUAUGAAAUCAUAUUUCUAUUUACUAUUGAAAUUUAAUAGGUUUGAGCUUUUUGAAUGAACACUUGUUCUAAGCUGUAAUCCUUCAGAUCCAAAACUGCUUUAAACUUAUUUAUAAAGUGUUUCUAUAAUAUUUCUACUAAAUAAACCCUAAGUGAAAAGUUUCUGUUUUCCCUUAAUUACAAAAUGAAAUUAUUGUACAAGAUAAUUUUUCUUUAUUGGUACUAAAUUAUGGGAUAGAAAAAUCAAUGGGAUUUUUAUUUCCUUCUCCCACAUUAGAUUCACUGCAAUGCUCUCUCUGAUCUACAAUCUGUAACUCGAAAAGUUUGGCUUUUAAUUUGAGACUAAAAUUAAAUUUUUUUUUUGUUUUGUUUUUUGAAUUUUUGCUUAUAAGUAACGUAACACAUUUCAUUAAGAAAUAAACCUUUAUCUACUAGAGCGAUUGUGAGCUAGCUUUAGUCCGAAUUACAGAUUGACUGAUCUUUUCAAAUAAAAAAUUUCAGGAAGAAUUGUAUUUGCACCAGAUAUAACUCAAACUGUCUUUUUCUUUUUAGUAUUCUUAUACGAUAAAGCUGCCA